GUUAUAUAUAGUCAGUGUGCAGUGUGUGUAUGGAGGAAAGUCAGUUUACAGAUGAAGAAGGUUCAGCUGGAGUCAUGUACCAAAACAGUCGAACUGUCUCCAAUAAACUCAAAAACAGAUUUGGAAACAUCUUGCCAAGUUAGUUUGUAAAUUUAUUCUUUAAAUUUAACAAUACAAAAAAAAAAAUCUUAAAGCCCCCAUUUCUUUCAUACUUUAGAGCAUUUCAUGUUUAACUUAUAUAAAAUAGGGAUAAUGGUGUAUGUUAGUUGUGCAUAAUGGUUUAUAGUAAUUUACUUUCUUUCGCAAAUUUUAUCAAAAAGGAGAUUAUGCUGAUUACAUUUAUUUAAUUGUCCAUUAGAGGAAAAUUACAGACCUGUACUCAUGUGUGAAUCCAGUGACAUGGGAGAUUACGUCAAUGCUGUUUUACUACCGGUAAUAAACGAUAGAUGUAUUUCAAAAUUAUAGACCUACUCCUCAAUCUCUCAGACACAAUUGCUAAACUGUAUAGAAACAUAAAGCAAAAUUCUAAUAAUUGUCCUGUUUUAGUCUUUCACUAUACAUUUUUACUGCUCAAGUAUAAAUUGUUAAUUAUAUUUUAUUCCUGCAAUUUCUAAGAGUUUCAGAAAAAGGAAUCAAGAUAUCAUCACACAACUUCCACUCCCAACAACAGUGGUGGACUUCUGGCGUCUCAUUACUCAAAUGAAAGUUUCUUUGGUUGUUGCAUUUGAGGAGCAUUUACAAGCCACGGAUUCA